GAUCUUUUUAGGUGCCGCUGAUGUUCACCGAACACAGUGUGGGACCCACGUUGGUUACUGCUGCCCAGCGCCUGCGAGAGCACGGUAGAGGCGAAGCAGCAGCAGCAGCAGCUACGAAGUGCUUUGGUGACUCUGGAUUCAUCUGGUUGUAGAGCAAAGCAGCCCUGCGCCCACCGGGAGAAAAAGAGUCUUCUGGGGACGUCUUGGCACGUGCUUUGAAUUGAUCCCCCCUGACCCCUGCAGAGAACAUGGGGCUGAUAGGAGGACCAAAAACUACAGGGAACUGGACAAGCAUAACUAAAAUGGACCUGUACUCCAGACUGAACUUGCCAGACCUUGCCAAAUUGUACAGUGACCUGCCCACUGACCUGCCCACUGACCCCAAACGAGACCUGAAGGACAGCACCAAGUUGGUCGAGGUGCAAAUUGUCCUUAUCUGUGCCUACUGUGUUAUCAUCUUGCUCGGGUUAGUGGGCAACUCCUUGGUGAUCCACGUGGUGAUCAAAUUCAAGAGCAUGCGCACCGUGACUAACUUCUUCAUUGCCAACUUGGCUGUGGCCGACCUGCUGGUGAACACGCUCUGUCUGCCUUUCACUUUAGUUUACACCUUGCUGGGAGAAUGGAAGCUCGGUCGAGUCCUGUGUCACCUUGUGCCUUAUGCCCAGGGCCUUGCCGUGCAGGUAUCUAUUGUUACUUUGACGGUGAUCGCCUUGGACCGGCACCGAUGCAUCGUUUAUCACUUGGAGAGCAAAAUCUCCAAGAGAAUCAGCUUCCUAAUCAUUGGCGUGGUGUGGGCUGGCAGCGCUCUGUUAGCUAGUCCUCUGGCCAUCUUCCGGGAGUAUUUCUCCAUUGAGCUCAAGCAUGACUUCAAAAUGGUGGUCUGUGCUGAGGCCUGGCCCAGGGAAGGGCAAGUCAAUUUUGGCACCAUUUACAGCUUCUUGAUGCUCCUGAUUCAGUACGUCUUGCCUCUGGUGAUCAUCUCAUUUGCCUACAUCCACAUCUGGUGUAAGCUCAAGAACCACAUCAGUCCCGGGGCAGCCAACGAUCACUACCACCAGAGACGCCGCAAAACAACCAAGAUGCUGGUAUGUGUGGUGGUGGUGUUUGCGGUCUGCUGGCUGCCCUUUCACAUCUUUCAGCUUGUCAGCGAUAUUGACAGCAAAGUGUUAGAUCUGCAGGAGUACAAACUGAUCUACACCCUCUUUCAUGUCAUCGCAAUGUGUUCAACUUUUGCCAACCCCCUCCUCUACGGCUGGAUGAACAACAACUACAGAACAGCAUUCCUGAAAGCUUUCCAGUGUGAGCAGCGGCUGGAUUCCAUCCAUCCAGAGGUGUCGCCUGCGCUCAAAGCCAAGAAGAAUCUGGAAGCGAAAGAGAAUCCUUGCAAUGGAUUGCCGUGCUCACAGCCUACAAGUGUCUAAGGGUCAAACUAGACAUGAUGAGGGAGAUACAUGAAUCCUUAUCCCAUGCCCUUUUCCUGACAUAAAUUCCCCCUCCUAAGUGGGAUUCACCCUGGUGGAUAAACUUACAUGUGCUGGGAAUGGGGAAAAACAUGCAGAGGGAAAGGGUAAGGGCCACCUCCUUUGUGAUCCUGAUCCAGACCUCACCCAGCUUAUAUUUGCACCAAGAGAUGCAUUCACAUACCUCUAUGGCAUGUCUUGUUUGGCCCUCAAAAGAAGUGAAUCUCGACAAAGAGAGCAAGUGAGGGAGAUAAUAAUUUGAUGCACACGCAGACACACAAACACACCUAAAUAAUGUGAACUGGAGGAAAUUUGAGAUGGUUAAAGGACUUGGCCAUUUGUCAUCAAGUAGAAAGUCAAUUCCAAAGAAAUGUAACUGACUCCCCUGCUGUAUGGUUGCCUGCAGUGAGUUCAGGAGUGCAGAAGAAAGAGUUUACCAUUGUCAAUGUAAAUUAAAACAAAGUGGGGAGGAGAAAAGGCAUCAGUAACUGGAGGCUGAUGAAAAUAAAUGCUAGAAUGCUGGGGAACAUAUUAUGGACCAUUAGGCCAAAGGAUCAAAGUACCCUCUUCUGGCAAA